UUUGUGGGUGCGCUUUGGAAAGCGCCCGGUGUGGUGGAGAAUCCCAAUGCUCAGAGAGAGGGAGAGAGAGAGAGAGAGAGAGAGAGAGAGAAGGAGAAGGGGGGAGGCAGUGCGGAGUCUGAGCGAGAGAGAGAGAGAGAGAGCGAGAGAGAGAGAGAGAGAGAGAGAUGAGUAGUCGAUGAGCCAAUAAAUAUACAAAUCGCACCGUAACGUCGCCCUUUUACUCCUCUCUACGCCAAUUCGUCCGCCCAAAUCUCGUCAUUAUUUUAUCCUUAUUUUUAUUUUUAUUUUUAUUUUUUAAGUUUGCGCCCACAUGACCACUACUUCCCCCAUCUGAUCCCCUUGCCCUAAAUCUUGAAUCUGCUACUCCUUUUUCUUCGUCGUCGUCGUCGUCGUCGUCGUUGUGGCGCUGUAGAUCUGUCUCCUCCAUGAGAGAGGAGGCCUCGGAGAUGUCGGAGGACGAGGAAGCGGGCGGGGCGAAGGAGCGGUGGGCGCCCGAUCUCGGCGGAGGGGGAGAGGGAGGGGGAUCGGCGGUGCCGUUCUCGGACAGGGUGCUGGAGAUAGUGCUGGAGAACGUGCUGCAGUUCCUGACGUCGCGGCGCGACCGCAACGCGGCGUCGCUGGUGUGCCGGUCCUGGUACCGCGCGGAGGCGCAGACGCGGCGCGACCUCUUCAUCGGGAACUGCUACGCGGUGGCGCCGCGGCGCGCCACGGAGCGAUUCCGCGGCGUGCGGUCGAUCGUGCUCAAGGGCAAGCCCCGGUUCGCGGACUUCAGCUUGGUGCCCUACGGGUGGGGCGCGCACUUCUCCUCCUGGCUCUUCGCCAUGGCCCCCGUCUACCCCUGGCUCGAGAGGAUCUGCCUCAAGCGGAUGACCAUCGCCGACGACGACCUCUCCCGAAUCGCCCACUCCUUCCCCCUUUUCAAAGACCUCACUUUGAUCUGCUGCGACGGCUUCAGCACCGUCGGCCUCGCCAUCAUCGCCGACAAGUGCAGGCAUCUCCGAGUGUUAGAUCUGAUAGAGGACUACUUGGAGGACGAGGACGACGACGAGGUCGUUGAUUGGAUCUCCAGGUUUCCGGAAACCACCACUAGUUUGGAAUCGCUUGUGUUCGACUGCGUGGCGGGCGCCUUCAAUUUCGAAGCCCUAGAGGCCCUCGUCGCGCGCUCCCCGGGGCUCCGGCGGCUGCGGGUGAACCACCACGUCACGCUGGAGCAGCUCCGCCGCCUGAUGGCGCGGGCGCCGCAGCUCACGCACCUCGGCACCGGGGCCUUCCGAUCUGGCAGCGUUGGAGCUGAGGCGGAGUUAGACCUCACAUCAUCCUUCGCCGCAUCCAAGUCGCUCGUUUGCUUGUCAGGGUUCAGGGAGGUCGAGCCCGAAUACCUCCCUGCAAUUUACCUGGUCUGUGCCAACCUCACCUCCCUCAACUUCAGCUUCGCCAACCUCACCGCUGAGGAGCUCAAGCCUGUCAUCCAGCACUGCCGCAAUCUCCGCACUUUCUGGGUUCUUGAUACAGUGGGUGAUGAAGGCCUCCUAGCCGUAUCGCAGGCGUGCAGGGACCUCCGGGAACUCAGAGUGUUCCCCUUAGACGCCACAGAGGACUCUGAGGGUUCCGUGUCGGAUAUUGGCCUUCAGGCCAUCUCAGAAGGCUGUAGGAAGCUCCAAUCCAUCUUGUACUUUUGCCAGCAAAUGACCAAUGCAGCAGUUAUAGCCAUGUCCAAGAACUGCCCCGAUCUUGUGGUCUUCCGCCUCUGCAUCAUGGGCCGCCACCGCCCUGACCGGAUCACCGGGGAGCCCAUGGACGAGGGUUUUGGCGCUAUCGUCAUGAAUUGCAAGAAGCUGACUAGACUUUCAGUAUCUGGUUUGCUCACGGAUAAAGCACUUGCGUACAUCGGGAAGUAUGGGAAGUUGGUGAGAACUCUAUCUGUUGCUUUUGCUGGGAAUAGUGAUUUGGGGCUAAGGUAUGUGCUAGAAGGUUGCUCUGGAUUGCAGAAGCUCGAGAUCAGGGAUAGUCCCUUCAGCGAUUCGGCAUUGCUCUGUGGGGUUCACCACUAUUACAACAUGCGGUUCUUGUGGAUGAAUUCAUGCAAGCUGUCCAUGAGGGGCUGCAAGGAUGUGGCUGAGAGGUUGCCUAAUUUGAUAGUUGAAGUGAUAACUGAUGGUACUACAAAUGAUGCUGAGGAAGUUGAGAGGUUGUAUAUGUAUCGGUCUCUAGAGGGUCCAAGGAAUGAUGCACCACCUUUUGUGAAAAUCUUGUAGUUGUUUGCCUUUCCAUUAAUUUGCUUAAGGGAGAAGCCAACAUGGCGAUAGUUUGAAUUGGAGGGAGACUGGUUCUCGUAGGGAGAUAAAAAUCUUGUAGUACCUUUUCGAGGCCCUACAAGGAGUUCUCACGCUUCACACCGAGUAGACAAAAGAACUCCAACUAUUCUUUUUGCUCGAUUGUUACAUUCUCUUGUGGUUGGGUGGUUGUAACGACAUUUCAUUUGCAGCAGAAGUUCAAUCGGAUCUAGAUAUUAUUUAUUCUCAACUUUCUUCUGGUUGCUUGAGUAUAAAUUUUAAUGAAGGGGGAAAUGCUGAUGCAUUGCCUUGGCCGAUAGUACAGCUUAGUUUCACAUUAAGAGCAGGGUUGAAGGAUCACUGUACGGGCGACGCUAAGAGGGCUUUAAGAUGGUUACCAUAAGUUUAUUGUGGUCAUCCUUCCAUCAAGCUAUCCACAAAGCAAAUAUCGGCAGCUUAGUUCGGGUGCUUUAUUGUUCCAGUAUUUGUGUCUGAAUCAAAUGAGGUGAAACUUGCAACUAUGAGCUUUUUUCCUUGUUAUGUAGGAGUUCCAAAGGUCAUCUUACAAGUUGUCUUCUACUAUUUUUUCUGUCUUCAUUUUGUCUAUGCUGUUCUUGAACAACAAUGAAGUGCUGUAGGAAUUUGAAGCUCAUCAUUUUCCCUAUUUUAUUAAUUACAUACUACUGUUCCAUUUA